CGCCGUCAAUCAAAUUAGGGAAAAAAACAAACUGGACUAGAACGAGCACGGACAGCGAUUAAAAUGAUCAUGCUAGGUAUUUAAUUAGACGUGGAUAUCAGGCUUAUUUUUGAAAGAACUCACGUAAUGACCGGUACGUAUGAGUUUGAAGAGCGUGGGAACGGUCGCUUUGAAUCUUUGUGCAGGCUCUGUUUAUGCGCCUGAAGGGCCAGUGAAAGCGGGAGUCAUGGCGGACAGCAGCAGCGCUCAGGACGGCGGCGGUGUGGAGCAGGACGGCCAGCCCUCGCCACUCGCCCUGCUUGCCGCCACUUGCACCGGCCUCGGUUCACCCGCCCCCGGAGGAGAGAACGGGGCCACCUCUAAUAGCUCUUCUGGAGUGAAUGCAGACCUCGCAGUGCAGUUAACAGGGUCCUCGGAAAGGUGGGAGGCGAUAAAGGAUGAUUCGGGAGUCUUACAUCUCUCCAGCACGGGUAUUGUCACAUCCAAUGGACAGUAUGUUCUUCCUCUCCAGAGCCUCCAGGGUCUCCAGAACCAGCCCAUCUUACUAACGUCAGGGACCGAUGGGUCCACCGGCGCAGUGCCUAACAUCCAGUACCAAGUGAUCCCUCAGGUGCAGACGGCCGAUGGGCAGCUGGGUUUCUCUGCCUCAGCAGUUGAGGGGGGCUCAAUGGUGCAGGAUGCCUCAGGGCAGAUCCAGAUCCUCCCAGACGGCACCCAGACCAUCAGCGUCACUGGAACAAUGUCAGCCGAUGUGCUCAGCAACACUCAGAACCUCAUGACCCAGCAGAUGUCUCUAGGAAGUUCUACCUUCAGCAGUCAGGGUCAGGUGGUCACUAACGUGCCUCUGGGUUUGCCUGGUAACAUUACCUUUGUGCCCAUUAACAGUAUCGAUCUGGACUCUCUAGGCCUCUCGGGGGCCCAGCCAAUAGCCACCGGCAUCACAGCUGACGGCCAGCUGAUCAUGACCAAUCAGAGCGUGGAGAACUCCGAGGGCUCGGAGAAAGCAGGAGAACAUCAACAGACGCUCAACUCUAAUGCAACCACAGACAUGUUUGUGCCUACCACAUCUUCAGCAUCCUCCUCAUCCUCACAGCAGCAGCAGGCCAGCACGAUAGACGGCACGGGCGUGCUCACGCAGCCUUCGGCGGGAGAGCAGGGGGACGGAUCGGGCUACCUCAGUCAGGGAGCGGUGCAGGUGUCGGCAGGACAGCAGGUGAUCCAGUUACAGCAGUUGCCCUUGCAGAGCAGUGAUGGUCAGGUCUCUGCUCUGGGCCAGCCGUCUCUACAAAACGUCCAGCUCAUCAACCCAGGAACCUUCCUCAUCCAGGCCCAAACGGUCUCACCGUCAGGACAGAUACAGUGGCAGACCUUUCAGGUCCAAGGAGUUCAGAACCUCCAGAAUCUUCAGCUCCAGACGGCUCCGUCUCAGCAGAUCACUCUCGCCCCCAUGCAGACACUGUCUCUGGGUCAGGGCAGUACACCGGUCAGCCUGAGCUCAGGACAGAUGCCUAACCUGCAGUCAGUGACUGUGAAUUCGGUGGGGCAGGCGGGCGUUCAGUUCCAGCAGUCGGAGGACACAGACAGCACUGGAGAUAUUCAGAUUAAGGAGGAGCCUGAUUCGGAGGAGUGGCCUCUGGACAGUAGCUCUACGCUGAAUGCCAAUGACCUCUCUCACCUUCGUGUUCGUUUAGUGGAGGAGGAGAUGGAGGGCUUGAGCCAGGAGGGCAAACGACUGCGCAGGGUCGCAUGCACCUGCCCCAACUGCAAAGAAGGAGGCGGGAGGGGAUCAAACAUGGGCAAGAAGAAGCAGCACAUAUGUCAUAUACCUGGCUGCGGUAAGGUGUAUGGAAAGACGUCUCACUUGCGAGCUCACCUGCGCUGGCACUCAGGGGAGAGACCCUUUGUCUGCACCUGGAUGUUUUGUGGAAAGAGAUUCACACGCAGUGACGAAUUACAGCGGCACAGGAGAACACACACCGGAGAGAAGAAGUUCGUGUGCUCGGAGUGUUCGAAGAGAUUCAUGCGCAGCGAUCACUUGGCCAAACACAUAAAGACCCACCAGAAUAAGAAGGGAGGGGGCGGAGCCGUGGUGGCCAGUGUGGGUGGGGCCAUGUCCUCCGACAGCAUCAUCACAGCAGGGGGUACCACCCUCAUCCUCACCAACAUCCAGCCAGGUGCAGUGCAGGGUCUGGCCACGGUGAACGCCACCGUCAACACCUCCAGCUCACAGGACCAGCUCACCACAGCUGAGAUUCCUCUGCAGUUAGUCUCCGUGUCCACCAGGGAUGCCACAGAGUGACCACGUGAAAGCUGCAGUGAGAGAGAGCACUUGUGGCUAGUCUUACGGGGAGAACCACCGCUUUGGAACACGACCGAACAUUCAAUUGGACUGCCAAGGCUCUGCCUCUUCCUGUAUGACAUAUCCUUUUCUCCAGCAACCUCAGACUUUAGUUCGACUACAUCAGUUCCACGCUCACGCAUAUACCUUGCUUUUAUACCUUUACGUAUUUACCCUCCUUUACGUAAAUAUGUACAUUUAUGUGAAUGCAUAUAUACAUAAACACACACACACACACAUACAUACAUACAUACAUACAUACAUAUUAUAUAUAUAUAUAUGUGUGUGUGUGUGUAUAUAUAUUUUACAAAUAUAGAAUUAUGGGGGUUUUUGUUAAUCUUUUUAUGGGGGAAGCAUUAUUUCUUGUUUUCACAUACAACACUGAAAUGCCUUAUUGUAUUAUAAGCUGUUGUGUAAAAAGCUAUAGUUCUUUGUGGGUGUUUAAGCAGCUGUGUCAGUGUGUACUUCUUGAAAAUGGGUUUAAUCGUGUUGUAUAAAGGAUGCAGCAGUGGUGGGAAAUGGGUGGCUAAUGUUAGAAUGGUUCAACCAAAAAUGAAACUGCUGUGAUUAUUCACACUCAUGUUGUUCUAAACCCAUUUGCUGUUAUUUUUUAUUUUUUUUAUUUCUUGGCAACAUAAAAGUAGAAAGGUAGACAAGCUCCAAAAGGCACAAAAAAACAACAACAUAAAAGUUCAUUUUUAAAAAGGAUAAAUUAGGCCAUAUUAAUCAUGGAUUAUAUUCCAUGUCAUCUGAAGGCAUACAAUAGUUUAUGAAGGUGUCCAAUUGUGUCUUUAAAUGUCUCUGAUUUCUUUGGCUCGUUUUGAAAAUGAAUUUCUGAUUUUAUUUUCAUGUAGUUUUAUUUUGUGUAGGUACACCCAGGCCUGACAAAUGGGGAAGAUAAAAAAAACAAUCAUGUAAUUAAAAACAUUUUAUGUAUUGUAAUUUCAAACCUCUUGCGGUCGAUCGGAUCUUUCAAGAUGCAUUUGGUGCAAAAUAAGUCUUUUUGAGAAAUAUGAUAUUUAUAUACAUUGUUAUCUGGAUUGGUGGGGUCUACAGCUGCUUUUCUAUGAAAAACAAAUAUCCUUUCAGCUACACUAUUUUUUAAAGAACUGGACUAUAAUCAGUAUCAAGAAUCAUUUGUAUGAAAUGAACUGGUUUGUAGUUUGCCAAAGCAAACUUGAUUCACACUCUUUGAUUAAGUAGAGAGAGAAAUGUUCUUUAUGUCUGUUUGUUUGGGGCAAUAAUGUGUACACCAGUAUCACAUGUUUCUGGACCAAAAGAGUCUCAGUUGUGUCAAAUUACUGGGGCCAGAAUCAGUAAAAUCCCAUGUUACCUACAAGGACCUGUUAUCCAAUAUACCAUUGUAAAAACAACCAAAUCUUUGUGGGACAAUAGCUGAGCCAUUUAUUGUUGUGUUCAAGGUGUUUUAGUUCAGACAAGUCACAUUACUGCGUAAAUGUGUGAUGAUGUGAAGGUAUUAAUUCACACUGGUCAUAACAUGGGUUUUAUGUCAAGGUUUGUGAGUUCCCUCUCCCCCAUCUGCUUACCAGCCAUGUAGAGGCUCUGAUGCCUUUAAUCAGAGAUCUCGAAGAGAGAGAUUGUCCUUCUCAUAGGAGAAAUAUUCCCUGUCACACAUUGUUAUACUCUUGAGUUUGAUAAUACACAUUGUGUAAAGCCAAUGCAUUUUUUUUUAAAUGUAUAUAUAUACACUGCAAGUUGUUGUUGCACUCAUUUGCUGUCAGUCCGUGUACAAGUAUGGCUUGGUUUCCAUGUGGUACUGUACAAUUAUUCCCUUUAUUUUUGCUUUUAUUCCUAAAAAUAAUUAUAAUGGUUUCUUUAUCCACCUGUUUUGAGUACCAUUGCCAAUUUUAUACUUUGCUUAGCCAAGAGGUUCAUACACUAUCCAGAUUUCACGAGUUUGAAAAAGACCAGUAGGUAAAUGACAUGAACACUAUUUUGAUUCGAUAAGGGUUGUUGUUCUCUACUGUUUCCUGGUUUGUGAUGUGUAAUUUGAUUUUGUUCAUUAACGUCACUUUUAUAUUUUUAUUUUGGUCUUUUUUUUGUUUUUUAAGAAAUCUUCAGACUAUUGUACAAUGCCCACUUUUGAGGGCAGCUGUUUAUUUCACACUAAAAGGACUAAACUGAA